AAGCUCGAUGGCGUUUGUAUUAAGACCACAACUGCCAAACAACGGUCCAGUAAUUUUAUGUUCUUCGUUGAUCCUUGUCAUUGAAGGCAGUGUUGAAGUGAUCGGCAUCUUUUCAAGGACUGACGAUCAUGUAAGUUGUAUACGUUUUUAUUUUGGGCUUUAUUUAAUUAACAUUACGCCUCACAGUUGUCGUUUUGGAUUUCAUUUUACGAUGAGAUGAGAACCAGUAACGUCAUGGCAUCACACUAACUUUUACCUUUCACAAUUUCAUUCACUGGCUAAAAUUUCCCGGAACACUGUCUAACUGUAAUAUACAUUGUAAACGAGGCUUUCAAUUUCCAGUUAUUUUGGCUCUUGAACUUAUUAAAGUUUUUCAGUCAUUUCUCAUCGAGCGUUCACUAUCAUGAAAGAAAAAAAAGGCUUUGUUUUUUCUCCCGCAGAAUUAGCGAGUUAAAAAAUUGACCGAAGGAGAACAUUGAUUAUUGUAUAGGAGUACCGUGUGAGGCUAAGGCUUAUAUUUUCCAACCAAUUUUUUUUCUGGCUCAUUAUGAAGAAGGAUUCGAGGCAAUAAUGACAAAUGAAAAAAAGCCUUUGGAUAAUUGUUAUUAACACAUUACAGGUAGCCGGCCGUUCCUGUUGUCCAUUCAAUUUAGAACGCGCACCACACGUAAUGACGUCACCGGCUGUUUCUACGCGACGCCUCUUCCGAAUUGUGCUACUUCAUUCUUUUGAAUUGGAAAUGAGAGACGAUUAAAUUUCAUAAUCAGUCGUCGAAUAAAAAAGAAAAUUAUUUGUCUCGUCACGAACACUGGAACACGAACAUCCUCGAUAAACCGAACCAGAGCACUUGAUGAUGACUCUGCAUUUUUCAGUCGGGGAGAGGCGAGUUUCAGGAAUUUGCGAGGAAAGCGCGAGGGCGAGAGACACUCCAGUUUAGGAGCGCUAGAUAAUGACUCAUUCCUGGCGCUGCUGCAGCGGACCUAAAAAACGCGAAACAAUGACGCCUUUCCCGCGAGCUACUUAGUGAGAAAUUUUAAACAUUUUUCGUUAGCCUAAAUUAACAGUCUGUCUCGGUUUGUUUCGUCUUUCAGGAGGUUUCCUUGUCUCACAACAACCGUUUUCUUGCUGAUAUUGAUAAUUUUCUUGCUUUGUGCUGAGAUGCCAUUUGUCAUCGCUUCAAAUGCCAAACUAGACGAUGGAAAUGAAGCUCAUUAUAAACUGUGUUACUCGACUUCAGAGAUAGACAGGCUUCUUUCUAAAAACUGCGUGAACCUCAUAAAACGAGCGAUAAGGAAGUCAGGCAAGUUUGUCUUUAAUUUCUAUGUGAGUUGCGUAAAAAUGUAAUCAUUUUGAUAAAAUUUAGAUGCAAAUUAUAGUCCUUGCAAUCCUUCCCUCUUGGGUUCGUCUGCCCCCGCAGACGAUGAUCUCUUUUUUUUCAUCCUACUUACCUGAUAUAUUUUCACAAUGUUGAAAUGCUUUUGUUGAGUAAUAAUUUUGUUUCCCCAUAGGUGAAAAUAUUCUGCAAUCUCCCGAGGAAGCAAGACGAUUUCUACAAAAACGUAUUACUUACGUUACAAAUUACGGAUUGUUUAUGGAAGAAUGUUGUAAUGAAAGUGGUUGCCGAGCAGAGGAAAUUCUAGAACACUGUGCAGCAUCUGAAUAGAAUUUAAGGAAUUUUUCUUAAAAGUUUUUUCCUAGGAUUUCGUCGGAGACUAUUGUAGGUCUGAAGAUAAACAUUUGAAAAACAACCAAGAUACCGUUCUCUCCGUAUUCUGAUUAAAGUCCAUUGUUCUGACUUUAUUUUUCCACAACACUAUAUAUCGCCUCACUAAUAACAGGAACAUGUAUUGGCGCUAGCCAGAAUAUUUCGGUCGCGCUCUUGCGCAACCACUUGGGCCGACAUUGCUCACAGUUCUCUGUGCGUCAUGGUAAACAGAGACUCCUCAUUUCUCACAACCUUGCUGGUAAAACGGAGUAGAGACUGGGAGGGAACUUUUUAAAAUUUCCUUCACGUUCCUUUUAAUGGUGAAUUCCACUUCAUAAAAGAUGAGAAAAAAAAUGUGUGUCUUAUGUAUACCUAAUUUUUAACAUUGCAACUUGAUCAUACUUAAGGGAGAAAUGGAGGUUUUAUUGUCUGGCUGUGACAAAUGGCGUGACAAAUAUUCUGUGAACAACAUAGAAACUCAACAAAAGGUGUAGUGAUGAUGAAGGGACAUAGCAAUUUGUUUUGGCGAUAUAUGGGUCAUGUUCAAGAUAAUUGAAAUUGUUAAAGCACAAAGGAACAAGAAUGGCUAACUUUGUAUGGAUGUGGGUUGACUACGAUGAUCUAAUAAAAUCAGGCUGAAAUUUUCAUCUAAUGAACUAUAGUUCUUUCUUAGCUCAAUCAAUUUUUUUUCAGUAUUUUAGACGAAGAAGUAUGAAUUUUGGAAAACAUUACCCAAUCUUUUGGCGGUGCCAAUACUAUUAAUAGUUUUACCUCGGAAAUUGAGGAUUUCUACCGGCCUCAUUACUUCGAUUCAUUAUUGCAAUUAAAAAAACUGCCCCUUAAUGAAUGACCUACAUUGACCCAGCUUUAUUGCUUGAUUAAAACAGCACGUGGCAUUAAAAAGAAGCUCAAUUUUUUCCAGCUAAGAAAUUUUCAAUUUGGAUAAAUCCCAAAACUGAAAAAACCUUUUGCUUCUGGAAUAGAUAUCGCUUUAUUCUUUUAAAGAAUUCUUGACGAAAUGGUUUUAAUGUUUACACGCAUUUCUAUUCAUUUAUUACAUCUAGAACAAAAAAAAUGGAAAUUUUAUUCAACGGAAACUCCUCGCUGAAAAAGGAACCGGACGUUAGGAGCUUCUUUGUCACAAAUAAAUCGACGAUUUUUUUUCAAAAUAAUUAGAAAUAAAACAUAGUCCAGUCAUAUUUGAAAGACGC